GCGAGCUACCUCGUAGGUGCUGGGAAUUUAACCUGGGUCCUCUACAAGAACAACAAGACCAAUGUGUGAUGUCUGUCAUGGUGUGGACAACGCUGCUGCUGCUGCUGCUCUGGGCUGUGCCCAUGUUCCAGAGUAGGAGGACAAAGGUGACUUUAGCCUACAAGGGGAUCGGAGAGCAGUGUGAACAGAACUCUGAGUGUCGGAGCGACUGCUGUGUCACCAACAGCUUGGACCCACAGAAAUUCUGCACCCCCCAUACCAUGUUCUUGCAAUGUGUGCCCUGGAAGAAGCCGAAUGGGCACCCCUGUGAAGAGCACUCAGAAUGCCAGAACAACUGCUGUGUCAGGACUAGCUACAGCUCAGACAGGUUCUGCUCAGCGAAGUCCAUCUUCUUGCAGUGUGUGUCAUGGCGCAAGCCGGAGGGAGACUUAUGCCAAACCCACUCAGAGUGCUGGAGCCUGUGCUGCCUCCCACUGAGAGAGACCAGCCCUUCCCACUGUACAAAGCGAACUGGGCUCCUAGCUCUCUGCCUGCCAGUGGUCGUGGUGACAGGAUGUGUUGUGUCCUCAUUGCAACAACCCUCACUGGACCCAGAGUCUCAAAGGGAUGCCCAACAGCAGGAGGUGUCACGAAUCAUGCCUAUCCAGGACCAUCGCCCUCAAAGUCAGGGUCAAAUCCAGCCCCAUGUGUUAACAUGUUCCUAUGAACCUCGAGACCGCGAGCGGGAAGUCGAAGGGCAGGCUCCGUGCGGGAAGCGGCAGACUCUGGAACUAAGGGCUGCCAUGGCCAGUGUGGUUAGGCUCCAUGGGUCACCUGGGGAUGAGUUCCAUGCAGACAGAGAGGGGGUGCUGCAGAAGUGCCAGGAAAGCACAGCCCCAAGGGAAACCAAGGGAGAGUCACCCCCAGGAAAGCGAAAAGUCCUCCACUAUGCAGGCUGCAGCGUGGUACAGGCCGCGCUGCUCCCGGACCCCGGGAACUGUGCUCAGGUGCCAGGAAUUUAA